AUGGGGACAACAGAAGCCACACUCCGGAUGGAAAACGUGGAUGUGAAGGACGAAUGGCAGGAUGAAGGUCUUCCCAGGCCACUCCGGGAAGAGACAGGGAUGGACGCCCUUGGCAGCCCAGCGGAAGACACGUCCUCGCCCCCCAAUACGUUGAACUUCAGCGGAGCCCACCGUAAGCGAAAGACACUGGUCGCCCCAGAGAUCAACAUUUCCCUGGAUCAGAGUGAGGGCUCCCUGCUGUCGGAUGACUUCUUGGACACCCCUGAUGACCUGGACAUCAAUGUGGAUGACAUUGAGACCCCCGAUGAGACCGACUCGCUGGAGUUCCUGGGGAAUGGCAACGAGCUGGAGUGGGAAGAUGACACUCCUGUGGCUGCUGCCAAGAACAUGCCUGGAGACAGCGCAGAUCUGUUUGGGGACGGCCCGGCUGAGGAUGGCAGUGCUGCCAAUGGGCGCCUGUGGCGGACAGUGAUCAUUGGAGAACAAGAACAUCGAAUUGACCUGCACAUGAUCCGGCCCUACAUGAGGGUGGUGACCCACGGAGGGUACUAUGGCGAAGGUCUCAACGCCAUCAUCGUCUUUGCCGCCUGCUUCCUCCCGGACAGCAGCUCUCCUGACUACCACUACAUCAUGGAGCACCUCUUCCUGUACGUUAUCAGCAGUUUGGAACUCCUGGUGGCAGAGGAUUACAUGAUUGUGUACCUGAACGGUGCCACCCCCCGACGGAGGAUGCCUGGCAUCAGCUGGCUGAAGAAGUGUUACCAGAUGAUCGACAGAAGAUUAAGGAAAAACCUGAAGUCCUUAAUAAUCGUCCACCCGUCCUGGUUCAUUCGCACUGUGCUGGCCAUCUCCCGCCCUUUCAUCAGUGUCAAAUUCAUCAACAAGAUCCAGUAUGUGCAUAGCUUGGAAGAAUUGGAGCAGCUCAUCCCCAUGGAACAUGUGCAAAUCCCAGACUGCGUGCUACAGUAUGAAGAGGAAAGGCUCAAGGCCAGGAGAGAAAGCGCAAGGCCGCAGCCGGAGUUCGUCCUGCCGAGGUCAGAAGAGAGGCCAGAGGCGGCACCGGCAGAACACAGGUCUGCUCCGGUCACAGAUCAGGAGACAAGCAUGCCCUGAGGUGAUGAGAGAACAGAGAACACGAAAGAAAAUACCAGAUGCCAAGAAACCUCUGUCAGACGCCCUCUGGCCCUGGAUCUCAUCCCCACCUCAUCCUGAAUCCCAAUCUUCGGAGGGUGCCUGUCUCCUCCACCCAUCUCUGAAACCCAGCAUCCUUUUUAGCUGCUAGAAACCAUUUUUUUUAAACAAUGUGGUAGAAGUGCAUUCUGGAAAAGAAUCCAGUUCCCAGCCCUCACCCUUCUAGACUCAUGAGCUCACAGCCGAGAAGAGAGAGAAGCACAGAGCAUGGCCCAUGUGUCCUUGUGGCCUCAGAGUCCCCUCCCACUGCACAAAGUCCAGGUUUAAGACCCUUCUCUUGCUUGACACCUGGCCCAGGUUGGAGCCAUACAUGCCCACUGGCUCCCUGGCCAGAUCUGGAAUUCAUUCUUGUGCCUUUCCUCCCAGAAUGGCCCCUGCAAUCCUGGGCAUCUGGCCAGGAAGCUCAGCCCCCCAAAAGGGCUGUGCCCUGGGCACCUUCAACCUCAUGGCUUUUCAUUUGACUGGCCCCCUUUGUCUCUUAUGACAUCCACAUCAAUGUGGGAACAUUGCGGCCUACAGCACAAAUGAGAGCUGCCACUAAUCAUCCUUGUCCUACAGUCCCAAAACCACACACACCCUCUCAAUCUAGAACAUUCUCAAGCCCUUUUAACACAAAUACCAUGCCACAGGGCAAUCUGAUCAAUACCUCCUAAGGGAAUGAGCUGUC